AUGAUGCGCCGGCACCUGCGUGGAGAGACGCGUUCGCGUCUUGUCGCGUCGACGGCGUCGCGGUGGUCUCUGUCGCGCUCCGCGCUAUUCGUACGCCUCUUGUUUGAAAUCUGGGGGUCCUGUGGCCGGUCUCGCUGUGUAUACGCGAGCGCUGCGGCGCCUCGGUGGUCCGGCGCACCGUGUGCGGAGGCGGACGGUCUCCGCGGUCCACGAACCCGCUGCUCGCCCGACCCUCGUAAGCGCGGCUAUUGUGGGCCCAGGCUGCUCGCGGCCCGAGAUUCGCAAGCGUACGGCUUCGUUUGCAGCGAUGGAGUGUCUCGAACACUGUUGGCCGCACCUAUCUCGCCGGGUCGUCUCUUAUGACCUGGAGACGACGAUGUACGAGAGACCUCG